CUUUUAGUGAGUGGAGGACAACCAACAACAGCGACAUCGCCGGCGAUGUCGUCAGGUGGCGCCUUAAGUCCCGGUGCAUUGUCGCCAUCGUCAACAGCGACAACAACAACUGGUGCUGCGCCAGGAGCAACGUCUGGUGGCGCAAGUACACCAGUUGGUGGUGCUACGGGACCUGGUGCUGGAUGUUGUGAAAAUGGAAGGCCAAUGAUGGUUGACCAAAUUACCGGUCAUACUGUGUGUUCAUGUCAAUACGAUAGUGCUGCACGAUUAGCGCUUGGCGCAUAUCCUAGGCUGGGACCCACUGCUACCUCCUACUCAACGUAUCCAACACCCACGCCUUCCACCACCGAUCAGGGGCCCUAUCCCAGUAUUGGGAUGGAUAGCUCUGCCUUUUAUUCACCUUUGUUUGAAAGAGAGAAGAGCACUUCUAGAUGUACGACGGAAAUCAAUGUUGGUUUCCUUUUCCAGGGAAAUCCAUAUGGUCUGAAGGAUGCAACGGGAAUGGGGAUGACGGCGGAUAUGGGAGCUGCAUGGGGUACAACGGCACUUCAACCUGCAGCCCCUGGAUACGCAUACUAUGAUCCAACGCUUGCUGCUUAUGGUUAUGGUGCUAGUUAUGAUAUGGCAGCGAGAAGAAAAAAUGCCACGAGAGAAUCAACGGCAACAUUGAAAGCAUGGCUUAAUGAGCACAAGAAAAAUCCUUAUCCAACAAAAGGUGAAAAAAUAAUGUUAGCUAUUAUCACAAAGAUGACAUUGACCCAGGUGUCAACAUGGUUUGCAAAUGCAAGGAGACGUUUAAAGAAGGAGAAUAAAAUGACCUGGGAACCAAAAAAUAAAACUGACGACGAUGACGAUGCUGUUUUAUCAGAUUCGGAGGAUGUUAAGGAAAUGAAGGAAGAAAUGGGUGACAGUCGGAGUGAUAGAGUGGGUGAUGAAGUCAGAAGAGGUCUUGAUGACAAUGAACCAAUGAGGCAUGUGAAAGCAGAGCACAUGAAGAUUGAUAAAGAUCUAGACGAAGAUGACGAUUUAGAUCUUGAGGACGAUCCAAGAAGAAGUGAACAUUCUUUUCAUCAUGCGAUGCACCAUCAUCAUCAUCAGGGUUUCAAUAGCGAGGAUCAUCUCAAAGAAGAAGGGAUUAAAAGUGAAUGUGGUGCCGGUGGUAUUCCUAUUCCAGCAACGAAACCUAAAAUUUGGUCUUUAGCUGACACGGCAGCGUGUAAAACACCUCCUCCACCUUCUCAUCCUCAUCAUCAACAACAAUAUCAUUUACAUCAUCAGCAACAACAUUACAAUCAACAGCAACAUCAUUUAUCCAAUCAAUCCCAUCAUCACCAUCAUCAUCAUCAUUCUCAACAACCGUGGCUUGGCUCAAGUGGAAUGGGUACCGCACCAAGUGGAGGUGGUUUAACUUCCUUUGCACUUCCAACAUCGGCAACAAUGAGUCCAUCGUCUGCUGCCACUGCACCAUAUUCCGGUGCAUCAACAAGAUACGGUGGAUUUUUAUCGUCUUCCUCCGGUGGACAACUUCACUAUAAUCCCAAUUCCUCAUCUGGUUCAACGUCAAGUGCUUCGUCAUCAGCGGCGGCGGGGUUUCCCGAAGUUGGUACAGAUACCCCACCCCAAACACCUCCCAACAUGAAGGUGGGUACACCGAAUGGAGUGAUCCAGGGCCCUCCAACAGGGUACUGCCCUGGUGGCAACAACAACAAUAAUAACACCAGUAAUGGCAAUCUCAAUCACUAUGGAUCUAAUAAUGGAUAUCUGUCCACAAGUUCAGGAUCGUCUAGCAGCGUUUCUUCCUUCAGUUCACGUCUUCAAAAUUCGCCGCACAAGGAAUUCUCACCUACCACGCAGAAUUCGAUACUCCAUCAACAUCAAACCACUGCUAGCCUCCCACCCACGGAAGCCACCACGGCCUUCAAACCUUUCUACAAAGGGUCACAAACCAUGGGAAGUGGAUUCGUGUCUCCAGUUUAAGGAUAUAAACAAGCACCGACCAACGCAUCUUCCAAGGUUAACCCAUGCCAGAGGAGAUGGAAGACGAUGGACAAUGUCCAGCCGGAUUCUGUAUAUAUGCGUACGCAAAAUAAAUAAAAAAAAAAAAAAAAAAAAAAA